AAAACACACGCAUACGCCUUCUUCUCCAAGCCUCAAAUAAAAGAGAGAGAUUCACUUCACAUAACCUUCCCCAAAGAAUCUAGCCCCAUCUCACCCUCUCUUUCUUUUUCUAUCUUCAAUCAUAGCCUUCCGUUCUUUCAUCAACGGCGUUUGCUUUCUCCUCAGGUUCUUCAUUACCAUUUCCUUCUAGUUUCUAUCCUUCCUUCUUUGUAUAUAUUUAGAUUUUCUGUUUCUAUUUAUGUAUUUUUAUAUUAUGUCUAGUUGGGUUGAUUAGUUUGUGAACCAUAAUUUACAAAUUUGGAGUCUUGUUUAGAGCUGUAGAUAUUUAUAUUUCUCUGUCUUGAUAUCAUUUCGCGUUAUUGAAAUUUGACUUUCUGGGGUUGACUUUUACAGGUUUUCGUAGUUGUUAAGAAUUGUUAAUUUUGGGUAUUAGAUUGUUGGGGUCAAUGGUUUGUGCUUAGUUUGGCUUGAAGGGGAUGCUUGUGGUGGUUUCUUGACGAUAAAGUUGGGAUCUUUAUCUUGAGAAGUUGGGCAGGAACUCGAAAGGUUUUGUGGCAUUAGGGGUAUUUCUUAGAGUGGAAAUCCAAUUGUUUGGGUGGAGUUAUUGUCGCUUGGUAAAUAUGGUGGUGGAUUCAAUUGCGGCAACAUCUUUUCUAGGGCAUUGGCCGAUGUGUCAGCAAAUACCUCUCAAGGAUGUCUCUGGCAAAAGGAAACUUUCAGAUAACUGCCGUUUCCCCGUUACUGAAUUUAUUGGUAGAAGGGUUGUUAGUUUUCCUAGAUUGAAAGUUGAUAGGUCCAUAAGUUCGUCGAUUAGUGCUCUAGCAAUGGAGCUGACAAAAGAGACUUAUUCAUUUAGAGAGGAAGAUAGAAUACCUCGUGAUUGGGACUACAGGAUAGACACCGGCGUUGACCGAAAACCAGGUUUGUGGCCACCAGAGAAUAAAGCAGAUAACCCUUCAUUGCAGAAUCCCUUGCUUCGACAAGAAAGAAUGGGUUGUGGUUGGUUAGGUGCUAUAUUCGAGUGGGAAGGAGUUAUAAUUGAGGACAAUCCUGAUAUUGAGAAGCAGGCUUGGCUCACCCUUGCCGAAGAAGAAGGAAAAUCUCCUCCCCCAGCCUUCGUUCUCAGAAGAGUAGAAGGGAUGAAGAAUGAACAGGCCAUAUCAGAAGUUCUGUGCUGGUCAAGAGACCCAACAGAGUUGAGGAGAAUGGCUUCGCGGUGGGAAGAAAUUUACCAGGCUCUGCAAGGUGGGAUAUAUAGAUUACGAAAUGGAUCUAAAGAGUUUGUGAAUGUAUUGAUGCAUUACAAGAUACCGAUGGCUUUGGUUUCAACUCGUCCAAGAAAAAUCCUGGAGACUGCAAUUGUAACCAUAGGGAUUGAAGAGUACUUCACAGCGAUUAUAGCAGCAGAGGAUGUUCACAGGGGAAAGCCUGAUCCAGAGAUGUUUAUGUAUGCGGCUCAACUUCUGAAGUUUAUACCUGAGCGUUGCAUUGUGUUUGGGAACUCUAAUCAGACAGUGGAGGCUGCUCAUGAUGCACGUAUGAAGUGUGUGGCUGUGGCUAGCAAGCAUCCAGUUUACGAGCUUGGAGCUGCUGACUUGGUGGUGAGGCGAUUAGAUGAGCUUUCAGUGGUUGAUCUGAAGAACCUUGCUGAUUUUGAAUCGGCUGAAUUUGGAUCAUUAGAGCCAGAGUUGGAGUUGGAGGAGGAAGAAGAUUACCGUUCCUCUUCAACUGCUGUAGAUGAUAUUUUCUGGUAACCCCUUAUAAAUUGUACAGAUUAUGUUGUGCUUCAUCCAAUUCUUGAAGAUAAUAGUCCUACAGUGCCCUUCUUGUGUAUAAUUAAAAAAGCAGGGAAAAAAGGGAAAAAAAAAAAAAAAAAAUAGCAAAAGAAAAUGGUGGUCCACAUUGGAUUGCCUUGAUGGUAUCAUGUAUGUAAUAUUUGUACAAUGUAUAUGUUGGCACUUUCAAUCACUAUUUGGUGCUUCUGUUUCUA